GCGAGGCCACCAAGCCGCGCGCUCCCAGCUUCGCUCGGACGCUGCUUCUGCCCGCAGAGGGUUCGUGGCCCGGAAGCGGCGAGAACUGGGCCCAGGACGGUGCGUCCGGCCUCGCCCGCGGCUGCUCGCACCAACAACUUUGAACAAUGAUCACCGUCAACCCCGAUGGGAAGAUAAUGGUCAGAAGAUGCCUGGUCACCCUGAGACCCUUUCGGCUUUUUGUCCUGGGCAUCGGCUUCUUCACUCUCUGCUUCCUGAUGACGUCUCUGGGAGGCCGGUUCUCGGCCCGGCGCCUGGGGGACUCGCCAUUCACCAUCCGCACAGAAGUGAUGGGGGGCCCCGAGUCCCGCGGCGUCCUGCGCAAGAUGAGCGACCUGCUGGAGCUGAUGGUGAAGCGCAUGGACGCACUGGCCAGGCUGGAGAAUGUCAGUGAGCUGCACCGGGCUGGCGGCGACCUGCACUUUCCCGCAGACAGGAUGCCCCCUGGGGCCGGCCUCAUGGAGCGGAUCCAGGCUAUUGCCCAGAACGUCUCCGACAUCGCUGUGAAGGUGGACCAGAUCCUGCGCCACAGCCUGCUCCUGCACAGCAAGGUGUCAGAAGGCCGGCGGGACCAGUGUGAGGCACCCAGUGACCCCAAGUUCCCUGACUGCUCAGGGAAGGUGGAGUGGAUGCGUGCCCGCUGGACCUCUGACCCCUGCUAUGCCUUCUUCGGGGUGGAUGGCACCGAAUGCUCCUUCCUCAUCUACCUCAGUGAGGUCGAGUGGUUCUGCCCCCCGCUGCCCUGGAGGAACCAGACGGCUGCCCAGAGGGCACCCAAGCCCCUCCCCAAAGUCCAGGCAGUUUUCCGAAGCAACCUGUCUCACCUCCUGGACCUGAUGGGCAGCGGGAAGGAGUCCCUGAUCUUCAUGAAGAAGCGGACCAAGAGGCUCACAGCCCAGUGGGCGCUGGCUGCCCAGCGCCUGGCGCAGAAGCUGGGGGCCACCCAGAGGGACCAGAAGCAGAUCCUGGUCCACAUCGGCUUCCUGACGGAGGAGUCCGGAGACGUGUUCAGCCCUCGGGUCCUGAAGGGCGGGCCCCUGGGGGAGAUGGUGCAGUGGGCGGACAUUCUGGCUGCACUCUAUGUCCUGGGCCAUGGCCUGCGGGUCACAGUCUCCCUGAAGGAGCUGCAGAGUAACUUAGGGGUGCCGCCAGGCCGGGGGAGCUGCCCGCUCACCAUGCCCCUGCCCUUCGACCUCAUCUACACCGACUACCACGGCCUGCAGCAGAUGAAGCAGCACAUGGGACUCUCCUUCAAGAAGUACCGGUCCCCACUUGGCCAGCUGGGCCCAAGUUCCCAUCUCCUCCUUCUCUUUUUCCAGGGGAAGGAGAAAUUCCUGGGCAUCCUGAACAAAUACAUGGAAAUCCAUGGCACUGUGUACUACGAGAGCCAGCGGCCCCCUGAGGUGCCAGCCUUUGUGAAGAACCACGGCCUCUUACCACAACCCGAGUUUCAGCAGCUGCUGCGCAAGGCCAAACUCUUCAUCGGGUUUGGCUUCCCCUACGAGGGCCCCGCCCCCCUGGAGGCCAUCGCCAAUGGCUGCAUCUUCCUGCAGUCCCGCUUCAGCCCACCCCACAGCUCCCUCAACCACGAGUUCUUCCGAGGCAAACCCACCUCCAGAGAGGUGUUCUCCCAGCAUCCUUACGCGGAGAACUUCAUCGGCAAGCCCCACGUGUGGACAGUCGACUACAACAACUCGGAGGAGUUUGAAGCAGCCAUCAAGGCCAUCAUGAGAACUCAGGUAGACCCCUACCUACCCUACGAGUACACCUGCGAGGGGAUGCUGGAGCGGAUCCACGCCUAUAUCCAGCACCAGGACUUCUGCGUAGCUCCGGGCCCUAUCCUACCAGGGGCCCACACCCCGCAGAGCCCCUUUGUCCUGGCCCCCAAUGCCACCCACCUCGAGUGGGCUCGGAACGCCAGCUUGGCCCCUGUGGCCUGGCCCCCCGCACACUCCCUGCGGGCCUGGCUGGCCGCACCUGGGAGGGCCUGCACCGACACCUGCCUGGACCACGGGUUGAUCUGUGAGCCCUCCUUCUUCCCCUUCCUCAACAGCCAGGACGCCUUCCUCAAGCUGCAGGUGCCCUGUGACAGCACCGAAUCGGAGAUGAACCACCUGUACCCGGCCUUCGCCCAGCCUGGCCAGGAGUGCUACCUGCAGAAGGAGCCUCUGCUCUUCAGCUGUGCUGGCUCCAACACCAAGUACCGCCGGCUCUGCCCCUGCCGCGACUUCCGCAAAGGCCAGGUGGCCUUGUGCCAGGGCUGUCUGUGAGUCCACCUCUGCCGCCCUGCCUGGCACCCAUGCUGGCUCUCUCCUGCCACAGGAGAAAGCACCAGCAGGUUCUGAGCUCCAGCUGCUUGUCCUUCUCGCAACCCCUCCAGGCCGGAGCUUCUUUCCUUAGCCAGGAAGCUGGCAGAGGAGAGCUGUGCACAGGAAUAGGAGGAGGCAGCAUGCUGAGCCCCUGGGACCCCCCAGGCAGGCUCCUGGUUCUCUCCUGGGGACUCACGGCAGCAUCAUGGCCAAGAAGAUGUCGGACUACUCAGAGUCCUCAUGGCCCAGGAGCAGGUGGUCAGAGGCCCCUGGCUUUGUGCAAGGCCAGAUCUGGGCCAGGUGGCGAAAGGGGCCCAGUCAUUCUUGGGCCCAGGAUGGGGCCUCUAGACUUGCAAGGGAGAGGAGCAGGGACCAGACUGCCCAAUGGUCCCUGAAGGGUCCAAGGAGGGGCCCUCCCCAUGGCCCUGGAGAGCAGGCCUGGGUGGUACCUGCUCCAGGCAGGGAAACUGGGGGCUCGCCCUCCUCCUAUGAGGGGAGCCAGGCACACAGGGCCCAUUGGUGUUUGGGAUGUGGACAGAGGGGCAGGGGGCUGGGAGAAGGCUAAGCCGAGGAGUCCUGUUUGUGCCUCCCCUUAGCCCCUUCCCUCCCGAUUUCCCGAUUCCCCCACCCUCCCUCUACACUUGAGGACCACAGUUGGGGGUGCAGGAACCACCCAAACCCUAGUUGAAUUGUUUCUCUCUCCUGCUUGUUCCACCCCUUUUCACUCUGGGCUUCUCCCAAAACCCAUCCUGGCAUGACCUGUGACUGACUCCAGACGGUGGAUUUGUUCUAAAGCCUCAAUCCCUACCCCCUCCAAGGGGCAGGUUUCCACCCCAGCCUCAGAGAAUGGGCUCUGGGACCCCUGCCCGGGGGUGGCCUUCAUGCACCAGGCACUUCUACAGGUGCUGACUCCCCAACUCCCCAGCAUCUUUUGCAGACGUGGGCUUGGGAUGGAGCCUCAGCCCCAUGGUACUCCCUGCCCAGUUUCCAGUUGCCCUGUGUGCUUACCCCAGAUAACCUCCCAGCCCACCAGUGCCGAGUCCUCGUCCCUACCUCCAGCUUCCUCCGGCCUCAAACCGCCUCCAGAUCUAGCCGUCCUUCUCCGAGUGGCAUGCCUGCCCCAGGAUGCCCCUUCUCCCUCCCCCCAUGCCCAGAGCCCCGCCUGCCUCAGCGGGUCAGGCCUUCAGAACACUGCCACCCACCCAGUUUUAUAAUCCUGCUCCCACCCACCAACCUAGGCCUGCUCCUCCGCCCUUCCCAGGAGGCAGCCCCGGGAUGCUGAGAGUUGGUGGAGGGGCCAGGCCGGACACUUCCCACGGGAGUCCCCUCCAGACAUGGCUGGCCCCUGCAGCCGCAGAAACCACGAUGGCAAAAAAAAACUCAUUGGUUCCCAAGGACUAACCUGUGGGGGAAAGCAAUAGAGACACUCUUUUUCUCUCUUUUUUUAAAGAUUUAUUUCUUGAAAUAAUAAAUAUUUUAUUGGGAUGUGAGAUGCAGAAGAG